CUGCUUCCUGUCCGUUGCCAUGGCAACAUGUAGCAACAACAGCACCUAGCGUAAACCUGGAUACGACCAAGAGAAACGCUGCAUUCAGUGCUGUGAUUAAUUCAGCGUGUUUGUUUUGUGGAUAGACGUAUACAAAUCGUUAAAAGGAGGCAUUUUUCUUUGGAGUAACAAUGAGUCAGCGGCAGAUCAUUCAAGUUUUCGAGCAGUAUCAGAAAUCACGGAUGCAGUUUGUACAAACUGUUGCUGAUCUUGCAGUCAGACCACAAAACAUAGAAAUUCUUCAAAAUGCUGGUGUGAUGUCCAUGUUGCGUCCCCUGUUGUUGGAUGUGGUCCCCAGCAUCCAGCAGACAGCAGCGCUGGCUCUGGGCCGCCUGGCAGACCACAGCGAUGACCUGGCUGAGGCUGUAGUGAGGGAAGACAUCCUGCCCCAGCUGGUCCACUCUCUGGCCUCACAGAACAGGUUCUAUAAGAAAGCAGCAGCAUUCGUGCUACGUGCAGUAGCCAAACACUCACCUGAACUGUCCCAGGCUGUGGUGGCCUGUGGGGGGGUGGACGCCCUGGUUCUCUGCCUGGAAGAGUUUAACCCCGCUGUGAAGGAGGCUGCCGUCUGGGCCCUGGGCUGCAUUGCACGACACAACGCAUCAUUGUCACAGUCCGUUGUGGAUGCAGGAGCUGUUCCCCUACUGGUAUUAUGCCUUCUGGAGCCCGAGAUGGCCCUUAAACGUAUUGCAGCCUCCACCCUCAGCGACAUUUCCAAACACACACCAGAGCUGGCCCAGACUGUGGUCGACACUGGUGCCAUUGCACAUCUGGCUCAGAUGAUCCUCAACCCAGAUGCAAAGCUGAAGAGGCAGGUGUUCUCAGCCCUCAGCCAGAUCAGUAAACACUCAGUCAGCCUGGCAGAGAUGGUGAUAGAGGCUGAAAUCUUCCCUGCAGCAAUAGCCUGCCUCAGAGACCCGGAUGAGUAUGUCAGGAAGAAUGUCACUACUCUGAUGAGGGAGGUGGUGAAACACACACCAGAGUUGUCCCAGGUGAUUGUGAACUGUGGUGGCAUGGCAGCAGUGAUCGACUAUCUGGGUGACUGCAAUGGAAACCUGCGGUUGCCAGGGAUCAUGAUGCUGGGAUAUGUGGCAGCUCACAGUGAGAACCUUGCUAUGGCCAUCAUUCUUUCCAAAGGGGUGCCCCAGCUGUCCCUGUGUCUGUCUGAGGAACCCGAACAACACAUCAAGGCCGCUACAGCCUGGUCCAUUGGUCAGAUAGGGCAUCACACCCCUGAGCACGCUAAGGCGGUGGCCACAGCCAACCUGCUGCCUAAACUGUUGCACCUCUACAUGGACGCCAGCAGCUCAGAGGACCUGCAGGCCAAAAGUAAGAAGGCUCUGAAGAGCAUCCUACAGAAGUGCACCCACCUGCCUGCUCUGGAGCCACUCCUCUACGACGCUCCAAGCAACAUCCUCAAACACGUGGUCUGCCAGUUCAGCAAGGUGCUGCCUCAUGACAGUAAGGCUCGCCGUUUGUUCGUGACCAGCGGGGGUCUGAAGAAAGUGCAAGAGAUCGAUGCCGAGCCCGGGUCCCCUCUGCAGGAGUACAUUAACGCCAUCAACAGCAGUUUCCCCGAAGAGAUUGUCAGGUAUUAUUCCCCUGGAUACUCAGACACCUUGUUGGAGAGGUUAGAGAACUUCCAGCCGGCCUGACUUCAGUUCACACUCUGUUAUUUGAAGAUGCACAGUGCAUAUGCCCUGAUAAUACAAUUAAGCUGUUUUAA